AAGUAGUAUCUCUAGGAUUACUUAACUGUAGUAAUGUAUUUUAGAAAAAUUAAAUUCGUUUUAUAUUAAUUUACUCAUGAAUGUUUUCAGAUAAGGCAUAAAUUGAUUUUUGACUGUACCUACUAUUGUUCUGCUUCUGUGUAAUAAGUGCAUACAUAAUAUUAUUAUGAGAUUAUUAACAAUGGAAAUAUUAAAUACAUUUAAAGUAUAAUAUCUGGUUUAAAUUAAAUUUUGUUAUACAUAUUAUUUACUCAAAUUUUAUUAUCGAGUUGACAAUUUUAGUUAUAUAGUAAGGUAAGAUUUAAAAUGUCGGAAGAAGAAGAUGAUGAAAAAUGGUAAGUAAUAUAUUAUCACUACUGCAGUUGAAAUUUUUUUCAUAUGGUUUAUAUGUAGGAUGAAAGACUUAGAAAAAGCACUAUGUGAAAAAGAUAUGUCUCCAGUAAGUGAAGAAUCUGAAAAUUUCACUGUGAUUACUAAUGAAUGCAGGGGUCAGAUGUGGCGUCAAUUGUUGACACGAGAAGAUGAUUCUUUUCAAACUUUGUUAGAUGAGAAACCAAAGAUUACAAAUAUAGAACAGUUGGAGGUUGAUUGUCAAAUGUUAAUUGGUUUGUAAAUAAUUAGAUGUUACAUUAUUUUAAUACGAAAAAGAUUUUACAAUAUAUCUAUUCAUAUGUUUAGCUUCACUAGAAAUUGAUGAUGAAGAAGAAAAGUUAAAUUGUUUGUCAGACACUGAAGCUAUACUUAUGACAAUGUGUAAAAUAUAUGACACAGAUACAUAUGAUAUGAAUAAAAAAUGGCCGUCAAUAAUACGGCCGAUUGUUUCAUUAAGAUUACCUCGAAUUGAUACAUAUACAAUGUUUCGUGCUAUUGAUGAAGAGUACUUAGCUAAGCAUCGGGAUUGUUAUCAUUUAUUGCGUAUAUUAUUGUUGUAUCAUGAUCCAGAGAUGUGUAAUUUGUUAGAUUCGCUAAAAUUAGGACCAGAACAUUAUAGUGAAUCAUGGGUACUUUAAAUUUAUUAAAAAAUAUAUAUUGCAAUAAUUACUAUUUGUGUUUUAUUUUUACUAUUUAGAUUCAAACAUUAUUUGCCGAAACAUGUUCAUUAGAAGUAAUUUUAAGUAUUUGGGAUUUAUACUUGGAAAAAAAAGAUAGAUUUUUUAUAUUUUUCUUGGCUUUAGUAUUCAUCAUCAAUGCCAGGUAAAUAUUUUAUUUACAAAUUAUUUAUCGAAGUACCUAUUGAGUUAUAAAUGUAUGAAUUAGGGAUCAUAUAUUUUCAUUAAAACAUCAACCCAAAGCACAGUUAAUUGAAAUAAUUGGAAGUUUGCCAUCACAGUUGGCCUUAGAUGAUAUAAAUGAUUUCUGGUCAUUAGCAGAAUAUUAUGAUAAAAAAACUCCUUCGUCUUUUAAAAAAGUAUGUAACUAUGUUUCUUCUUUUUAUUCAAAAAUAUUUUUAGUGAAAACAAUUACUUUCAGGAUGUUGCUGGAUAUAUAUUUGAUUCUAAACUACCAGACAAAGGAAUUUCACAAAUGUUAUGCCUUCCAAUCAGUGUUACAGAAUUGAUUUCUCAUACAAAUCGAACAAUUACUAACAGUUUAAAAUUUUUCGUAAUGGAUUGCCGACCCGCAAAAGAAUAUAAUGUUGGACAUUUACCUAUAGCUUUUCCACUGGAUAGUACUUUAGUGUGUAUUAUUUUACUAUUUAUCCAUUGAAUAAACAUAAUAUAAUUAACUUAUUAAAUCAAAUAUUAUAUUUUAAAGCUAUUAGAAGAUCCUAUAUCUUUUUGGACUACCGUGGAAGGAUUGUUGUCUUGUCAAAAGCAGAGAUUUGCUGAAGGCAGGUCAGGUGGAGGAGAACAUUGGUGUUUUUCAGGCUGUGGAAGUGGUUUAGAUGCUAACCAAUUUACUCACAUGGUCGUUUCUGCUUUCCUUCAAAAGCAUUAUCUAUAUGUUUCUAUGUUAAAUGGUGGCUAUCAAGGUUUGUUUGCUCGUUCAAAAAUUUAGAUUGUUUUUAUUAUUUUGAUUAUUCAAUCUAUUAGCACUUCAUGAACAUUUUGAAAAAAAUAAUAUUGAUGGAUUAAGUGGUCACGAUCGUAAUAGAUGUUCACAGUGUUUAAGUAAUACAAAUCCUAAUAAAGAACGAUUGGCCCAAACGAAUUCAACCAAUGAAAUGUUUUCCAAACUCGGGUCAGUGUUUUACAAAUUAUAGUAUUAAUUUAGUAUACGACCCAGCUCCUUUUCAAUUUUUUUUUUUUAAAUGUGUUUUUAAUGCUUAACCCAUUGGUAUAAUCAAAACUUACCUAUGUUAAUUACUUUUAUUGUUAUUAUACAUAAACCUAAACAUUUUUUUAUCAAUAACUACAAAUAAUAAUAAUAAAAAAAAAUGUCUAUUUUUGACCACAUUUUGGAUUAAUUCCAAAAAUGCUAUUUUUAAGGUUUAUUUACAAUUAUUAUAAAAGUAAGUAUGAUGGGUAAGUUUUGAUUAUACUAAUAAAUUAAGCAUUAAAAAACAAAAAAAAAAUUGCAAAUGUUAAAUUCUAACUAAGAAAUAUGUGAAACGGAAAACCUGAAAUUCAUAAAAACUUUCCUCCAAAACUAAUAAAUGAAGUUCGCCCAAAUUUUUUUUUUAGAUUCUUAAUAUAUAAACAAAAACACAUUUUGAAAAAAAAAUUUGAAAAAUGAAUGGGUCAUAAACUAGAUUUGUUCCCAAAUUAUGUACCUAACAAUAUCUGUGUCAAUCACAUUACAUAAACAUGUAAUUUUUAGCGUGGCAAUGAGGUCAAAAUCUUUUGAAGUCAAAGGGAAAUUAAUGGAUUUCUUGUCAAGUAAUAAUAAUAGUACAAAAAAAGAAAAAACUAAUGGAAGCAGUAAAAGAUAUAGAAAUAUGGCACCUGUUUUUGCAAUUGACGAGGAUGAUAAUAACCAAGAUUCAGAAGGUAUUAACAAAUUUUAAUUUUUAGUUUAAUUUUCAACAUAUAUUUUACAUUGAUUAUUUGAAAUAGAUGAAUUAGAUUUUGCAACUCAUAAUGGUAGUUUGUCAAUGUUAUUAAAUAAGUCAAAUGUAAUUGCAUCGUUUGAUUGCCAACAUAUUAAUAAUGAAGGGACACUAAUUCCAGGGUAAUAUAUUAAUUUUUAGUUUGCAUUUAAAUUGUGCCUUUUUAUUGUUUAAUAUGAUAAAUUUAUAUAAUUUUUAAUGUUAGGAAAUUGGUGUUGACAAAAAACAGCUUGGUAAUAGUUGAAGUUGACCCUAAGGAUUCUAAUAAAAUCUGCUCUUUAGUAAAUCAUUCACUUGGAACUAUAUUGAAUAUUAAAUGUCGCAAGAAACGACCUGAUUUGAUUAUUUUUGAAUACUCUGGAGCAAAUAAAGAUAUAGACAGGUAAUUAAUAAUUGUUGUGAUUUAUAUUAUAAUCUGUAAAAUUUGGUAUUGAAUAAGUUAUUGCAUUUCUAGUUUUUUUUUGUAAAGAUUUCAAACUUCGAAAUUAGAAUUUUUCAUAGGAUGGUUUAAAUAUUAAUGUUAGUUGAAUUUCAAUAUUAACUUUACCAUGAUGAAAGAGGAGGGUGUUUUUUAGCUUUGUACAACUCUAAAACUCAAAUGAAGCCAGUGGAAGAAAUUUUGUAUAGAUAUGGUUAAUAUAUCAAGAAUGUACUUCUCGGUAGUAUCGACUUUCACCACCCAGCCAUUUUUAUACAGUAUUUCAUGUUUUCACAGGAAAUACUAAAUUUUCAUUACCCUUACAGAUCCACGCAAGAAAGUAAAUUAGUUCAAAUUUGCCUAGUUUAAAUAAAGAUAAAUAGAAUUGUCCCGAUGAUAUGCCUUUAGAAGGUUUGAACUUCCAUUCCCUGACCCCAAUAACUGAUUGUAUGUUUAUGAAAAUUUUAAGAAUACUUACCUAUUUUGAUAAAACUUCUUAGUUUAAUUCCUUAUAAAUAAUACUAAUAACAAUUUUUUUUUGUAACAUUAGUAUUUAGGUGAUUUAAAUAUGAAUUAUUUAUCAAUUAAUUUAGUACUACUAUUCCACUCUUGUAAACCAUAUAUAGACCAAACCAUUCUUUGGACUUUAAACAACUAUAAAAAAUCACAAAUUAAAUGAAAAUAAAAAGCUGGUACCUCAAAAUUUUCAGAAGAAUAAAUUCUAUAAAAUGAUUAUUUUUAAAUUUUUCAAAAAUAAAGUUAUUUUUUUUUCAAGACAUAAAAAUUAAUUGAAAUAUAAAUAUUUGUAGUUGUUAUCCCUGUAAAUAAUAAAAAAAAAAAAAAAAUUUUAUUAUCUUUAUUAUAUCCAAAAAUAUUACAACGGGUAGAUCUUCGCCGAAAAUCCUAUAUUAAAUUAUAAUUAUUAUAAAUGUCUGUUAUUUGUACUAUAUUAAAUUUUUAUUAUUUAACUAUCAUAUUUAGAUUCUUAAUACCACAACCACAAAAAGCUACUGAUAUAGUGACUAAGCAAAUAAUGGAUUUCAUUGAACGUAAUGAGAGUUGAUAAAUUUUAAUGUCUUAACUUACCAAAUGUUGAUUGAAAAUCGAUGCAAGUUGUUUUCAAAACAAAAUUGAAGAAAGUUUCUAAAUAAAAAAUAAUAGUAAGUUUGAGAAUCUUAUAAAAUAAUAGGUAAUUUGAAGACAAAUUAAAAUUGCUCAUGAAAAACACAUUGGGUGUAAAAUUAAUCCAUCCAUGGAAAAUAAACAAUUUACUAAUUUAGUGAAGUCUGUUAUACUUUUGUUAGAUGUUAAAAUAUUUGUUAAAGUUAAGUUUAUUGCCAUAUUUGUGAAAGUUAAUUCAUACUUUAUUAUUUUUACCUUUUCAUUGUUUUAAAUAAUUUUUAUUUUGUUUUGUUUAUUUUGAUUAAAAAUAUAAAAAUGUUAUUUUCUUCUACACUUUUUAUUAUAUUUUUUUAAUGCUAUAUAAUUUUCGAAAUUAGAAAAUAAAUAUUAUGUAUAAGAACAAUAUCAUUAUCAAAUAUUAUGUAAUUUUUUUAUUUUCUAAUUGUAUCUAUUGUAAUCCAUAAUUAAUAUUAUUAAUAAUUAUGGAUUAAAUAUGUUUAUUUCUAUGGUAUAUAUAAUGUUAAACAAAUCAUUUGAUUAAUAGUAAAUUAAAAACCUUAAUAAGUUAUUGACUUGUGACUAAAGUAACUCAGUAUUAAGAAAAUACUUCUUGACUUCAUACUAAUUUUUAAUUUAGAUUGUAAUUUAUUGUUAUUAGAAAAAAAUGUUUAUUAUUUAAAUGUUGGUGUUUUUUUUUUUUAAUAAUAGAUUUUUUACAUACACUUUUUAAGUACAUUUGAUACAUGUAAUGUUUGUG